ACUAGCUUCAUGUCUCUCGUAUGUUGUUGGCCUUAAAGAAUUAGUUAGCUUCUCUUCAUCUCUUUCUAGUUGGGUCAGAGCUUGUUUCUCUCCGACCUUUGCUCACUUUAGCUAAUCUCAUCCUCUCAAACAUGGAACAAGCCAUAGUCCUAUAUCCAGCUCCAGGCUCAGGCCACAUAGUCUCCAUGGUUGAGCUCGCCAAGCUUCUUCUUCACCAUUCCCACUCUGUCUCCAUAACCAUCCUCCUCACCACUGGCUUCCUCGACAGUCCCUCUCUUGAUUCCUACAUCCGUCGCAUCUCUCAAACCUGCUCCUCCAUCUCCUUCCGUCGCUUCCCUCUCCUUGCCAUCGGACCAGCCUCCUCGCCGCGCAGCCUUCCGGCCACCGCCUUUGAAUUCAUUCGGCUGAACUACGCAAACGUGGCUUCAGCUCUCGAGGACAUCUCACAAACCUCCGAUGUUCGAGCUUUAGUGAUCGAUCUGUUCUGCACAUCCGCCAUGAACAUAGGUUCUUCUCUCGGGAUCCCUGUUUACUACUUCUUCACCUCUGGAGCCGCCAUUCUUUCUGCUUUCUCGUACUUUCCCAGAAUUCACGAGCAAACCACCAAGAGCUUCAAGGAUCUCUCCGUAGAUCUUCACUUCCCAGCUAACCCCCCGCUCAAGGCCUUUCACAUGGUAGAACCAACGCUUCACAGAGACGAUCCAGCUUACUGGGACUUCUUGAAUUUCUGUUCCCAUCUUCCUAAAUCAAGUGGCAUCAUUGUUAACACGUUUCAAGAGCUCGAGCCCAUGGCUGUUAAGGCUAUAGCAGAAGGGACGUGCUUUCCUGAUCCAAAACAGGCACCUCAUGUUUACUACAUCGGGCCUCUAAUUGCAGAGUCAAAUGAUCGAACCGAAGAAGAAGGAGAAGGAGCAGAACUUGGAAAAAGCCGGACCUGUUUGUCAUGGCUUGAGAAGCAGCCGAGCAGAAGUGUUGUUUACCUGUGUUUUGGAAGCCUUGGCUCGAUGUCGGUGGCGCAAUUGAAGGAGAUCGCUCAUGGAUUGGAAAGGAGUGAGCAGAGAUUCUUGUGGGUCGUGAAGAAGCCACCCAUUGAUGAGAGAACGAAGCAGACGGAGGACACAACUCGAGAUUUCGAUUUGGAUGAGAUAUUGCCAAAUGGGUUCACUGAGAGAACCAGAGAUAGAGGGAUGGUGGUGAGGUCGUGGGCCCCACAAGUGGAGGUGCUGAGAAGGGAAUCGGUCGGUGGGUUCGUGACUCACUGUGGGUGGAACUCGGUGCUGGAGGCGGUGGUGGCCGGAGUGCCGAUGAUUGCGUGGCCGCUGUACGCGGAGCAACACAUGAAUAGGAAUUUGCUGGUGGAAGAGAUGAGGUUGGCGAUAGGAUUGGAGCACAGAGAGGAAGAUGGGUUCGUGAAAGGUGAGGAAUUGGAGAAGAAAGUGAGAGAAUUGAUGGAAUCUGAAGGAGGAAGAGAGAUGAGGGAAAGAAGCUUGAAGGUGAAAAUCUUCGCUGAAUCCGCAAAAGGUAUAUCUGGUUCAUCAACCCAAGCCUUGAACAGCUUGGUUGAAACAUGGAAUACUGAUCAUUGAUUUUUCGUUUGUGGAAGACAACCAUUAUAUUAUUAUCUGUUAUAUAUGAAAUUCGAAUGCGCUUCUUAACUAUAGUAUUAGAGUCUCAACUUUGUCA